AUGAAUUACAAAUUUUAUGGCAUCAAACAGGCUGACCAGGUCGUUAAAACUGGCAAGUCGAGGAUAAAAGCACUUAUAUCGUCAGUAUUUCAGAGAGUCAAUUCUCUGCAGGUUUUCCAAAGAAUAAAACCUAAGAAAUAUGAUAAAAUGUACACAUAUUUCGUCUUUGUUAAGAACUUCACUUUUGCAAUAAUUUUGAUAGCAGGAGUGUUUGUUAUUGUGAAGGCAAUCAGAGAGUCCCAGAAAAGGAAAUGGUCUCUUCUGAUGGCCCCUUUGUACUAUCUCAGGAUUAAAACACCUCCUCUUAUAGAUCAAAGAGCAGAAGCUUUACAAGCAAAAGUUGAUAUGGAGAACGAAAUUUUAAUCGAUAUGCUUCUCAGACAGAUAUUCAACAGAGAAGUUCCUGAUGAAGACAGUCUUGAUCAAAUGAUCCCUCUUGAGGAACAUAAGAACAAAUUUGUUAUUCCUUCACAUGGAAAUGAAGACUCUACCCAUCCUUGAUCAUGACCUCCAAAUGAUGAAGAAUGGGCGGAAUGAAGUAAUGGAAACAUCUCUGAAAUUAUGUAUACAAAUGACGUAAUCGAUGAAGACCCAACAUCCAUCUACCAGCAGAACAUCAAAGAAUACCUUAGUUUAAUCAUGCAUAAUGACGAUAGCUGAACGAGGCAUCAUAAGAUCAAGGAGAAGGUAAUGCUGCAGAAGAAACUUGCUAUCUUUAACAAAGCAUAUAAGGACCUUUGCUCGAACAAUCUUGGUCAUCCUUUGAUCUCGCAUAAUAUGAAGAGAAUUGGGGAUGAGAAGCUCAGAUCUCUGUUUUCCAGGAAAAUUUAUCCUAAAAUGUCCAUGAUUAAAAGACAAAACUCUCGUAGGAAAAAGAAAUUAAUGUCUUCAAGCAACCCUCAGUCUCAUCAAAAUGAAGUAAAUUCUCAGAAAAAUCUCAAUUUCUUUGAAAUUAUGAGCCAGCUAAGCAAUAAUUACAUUGAGAAGCACUAAAGUAAAGUUAACUUCAACUUUGUUUUAAGAAA